AUUUUUUUUUUCUCCCCUUGUACCUUUUUUUUCUUAUUCUGUUUUACUUUUUUUUCUAUCUAAUGGGUACAAACUCAUCACCUAAUAAUAAUAAACAAUCCACUUGGCUCUUAAACUGGUUCAAUCAACUAGGUAAACCCAGCACGACCAAAGAAACCAGUAAUAUCAUAUUACCUUGGAAACGAGAUAACAACAUGAAGGCAGCUGCCUCUUCCUUUACAACACCCAUCAACGUGCCCUGCAGCACAUCAUCAUUUGAUACGUCCAGUACCUCUCGAAAUCCACAGGGAGAAGAAACGCCUCGACCCAGCAUCACGAUCUCACUUUCACCCAACGAAAGACGUAACUCUCAACAAACGACGUGUAGUUCCAUCCGUACCGCCGAAUCUCAAUACUCGUUUAAUCGACGUGAUAGCAACAGUGACCGAUCCAUCUUAUCUGAACUUUGGUCCAAGGCAAGGCGUCGACAUCCACACUAUCCCAAGUUUCAUUGGCCACACUCCAAUAAUCGCAGGGAUGAAACACAACAGGUGAUACUAAAUAAUCAACAACCUAAUGAUUAUCAGCAGGAUUCUUCUCUGCCUUCUUCCUUUCGACAACAUCAUUUCCCAAGGCAUUUGAAAAGACACUCCAUUUCAUCUUCUUUAGUGACAACAAAUGACAAUACGCCAUUUGGCUCAAGACCCAACUCCAUCCUUUAUCCGUCACAGCCCGCUUCGCCCAACAUGUUACCGACAUCUCAUCUCAGUCACAACGAAAGUGUUGUAGAUGCGUAUUGGCUACAGCAACCCACAGAUCGACUAAGAUGGAACAUUAAGCAUGAACUAGCUAAACUCGCGGUGGAUGGACUGUUUUUUAUUCCAGAGUUGGUGACACAACAAAAGAGCACUGAAAAGCAAAUUUUACAGAUCGGAUGUGGGGAUGCAUCGUGGGGUAUUGAUGUUGCUACGCAACAUUCGCGAUGGAACGUGACUGGGCUACAUGAUGAUUACAUCACCAGUUCAAUACGGGCUUCGAAUUCGGUCAAAAAUUUUAAAUUCAUGCAGUGUGUCAAUCUGUUACAAGGACUAAAAGAAUUUCCUGACCAUUCGUUUGAUUUUAUUGCGUCUCGAUUUUUGAUUCUUGCCUACACGUUUAGACAAUAUCAAGAAUUGGUGAGGGAAUGCGUUCGUAUUGCGAAGCCUGGAGCGUUUAUUGAGGUAGUAGAGAUGGAUCUGCGUAUCUAUCAUCAUCGAUUAUUGUCCUGCACGAUUACUCAAUUACUGAACAGCGAAGUGUUUAAGGUGAUUGAAUCCAAGGGGUUAGAUCCACGACUAGCACGCAACUUACAGGACCUGAUUACCCAAGAAGAUAUGCACAGUGAAAUCAAGUACAUUUCAUUGCCUCUGGGCGUCUGGGGAGGUAAAUUGGGCGUCCUAUUUCGAGACGAUGUACAUACCUUGAUCGAGUCCUUUCAGAAAGAAAUCGCCCAAUUCAAGGAGAAACAAGAACGAACAGAAGAUGAGUUGGAAUAUAAGACAGAUAUCAUGGAUAUGGAAAUGGAUUCAAAUCGCGCUUUUAUGAACUUGCAUCUCAUGGUCAUUCACGUCUAAUCUUUAUAAUUAACUCUCUCUUGUAACAACCCCUUAAUAAGUUCAAGUGAUUUGCAAACGAAUAAAAUGUUGGCCCUUUUUUUUUUUAAAAAAAAAAAAAAAAAAAUGCUUGUUUUGUCAGAUUUGCG